CCGCGCGGGGUCGCAAUGUGUGCAGCUGAAGCCGGGCCGUACAGCGCAGUGCGAAUGGCUGCAAUAGGCCCUGGGGGCGCGGCCUCUGUUGGAUCGCGGCCCUCAGCUGGAGCGGAACGAACGCUCCUCGGUACCAGAGAAGUGGCCCGUUGGGCUCGGUCGGGUAGCGUGGUAGGCUGCACCCGGCUGCGCCGUGCCUGGGGGCGGGCCGGAAACUCCGAGCGUGCCUUCCGCUUCCGCAAAUCUGUCGCCAUGGCGAGCCGCGGGAGGGCUUUGAGGCUUUUUAAAUUGUUACACAGAACUCGACAAGAAGUUUUUAAGAAUGAUACAAGAGCACUUGAAGCUGCAAGACAAAAGAUAAACGAAGAAUUCAAAAAUAACCAAAGUGAGACAUCUGAAGAGAAAAUAAAUGAGCUUUUGAAAAUUGCUUCAGAUGUUGAAGUGAUUCUCAGAACUUCUGUUAUUCAGGCAGUCCACACAGAUUCUGACAAAAUAUUGCUCUUACCCAGGAAGGAUCUGCUACAAGACAAUAUUCCUUACUUUGAUAAACCAACAAAAAAGCAUGAAUCCUGAGAAGAGUGUGCCCUUCUUCACAGUGGGUUAAAACCUGGUAAUGAGAACUCUGAAAAACAGUAGUGUGUACCUGUCUUAAUUGUUUUCCAAAUUUUAAUUUAAUGCCAAGAAAAUGUGGACUGAAACCAGUUUUGUUUGUUAUGAUAUCAUCAUGGACUUCUUUUGAGGAAGAUGGUACUAUUUCCACAGAAACUUGAGAGACACAAUUGCCUUGAAAAAGAAAGUGUGUAAAUGUAUGUACUGCUAAACUUCAGAGAGGAGUUUCAGAUAUAGAUUGUUUCCUAGCAGUUUAGAAUUUUGACAAACUAAACACAAGUGAAUUGCAGCUCUUAAUCCCGAUAACAUUACAUUAUAUACUGCUUUGAAAUAACUGAAAACCAUGUUGUAAAACUUAUCAUUAAAUUUAUGCUUCACAUAAAAAAGCUUGAAUUCUUAAGUUAUUAACUUUACGCUAAAAUACUGUAAUGUUUGAAAAAGUUCUUAAGGCUUGUCUGAAUAAAUUAUUCAGGUGUUACAGAAA